AUGACGGCAGGUAGAAAAGGCGAUGGCGAAAAUAACGGCGGUUCUUACCAGUCAGCGACGGAGGAAAAGAUAACACCGAUCUCUUCCUCAUCCACAACUCCACACAAUUCAAUUGACGCGCCGUCUCUACCCACUCUUCCAUUCGAUCUGGUUACAGAAAUCCUAAGUUGGGUCCCUGUAAAAUUCCUCCUCCAAUUCUGUUGCGUCUGCAAGUCAUGGAAUUAUCUCAUCUCCCAAGAUUCCAAAUUUCAUAAGAAGCAAUUUCGAUUGUCAACCACACUUCACGACCGCCUCCACCUCAUCCUAACUCCUGUGCCCUACUACUUUCGUAAGUUCCUUCUUCUCCUUUCUACUAAAAAACUUAGUUUUGGGGGAGUUUCCUCCCGUGACGGCAUCUUCUGUUUUGGGAUUGAUGCAUUGUCAGCUCUUGUUUUUAACCCUUCCAUUAGGACCCUUAAAAAGUUUAAGUUAUUGCCUCCUUUGGAAAACCCACCACAAAAUCACUAUAUACAAACCAGGUAUACCUUAAUGUAUCAUCUUUUCACCGAUAAUUAUAAGAUUGUCGCUGUUUCUUUGACCGAGAAUAGACAACUUAAUGUUCACAGUCAUAUGCUUGGUACCGAUUAUUGGACAAGGAUGCGAAGUGUUCCAUUUUAUUGCCGCCUACGGAUGGGAAUAUGUGUCAAUGACGACACCGUUGAUUGGUUGGUAUAUGAUGUUGAUAAUUGUUUAUGGCAUAUUCUUUCACUUGACUUGGAAAAAGAUUCCUAUCGGAAGCUUUUACAUCCUCUAUCUAAGGAGCCAUACCACUCUAACAUGGCCUUCCAAGAGUUGAAGGGUUGCUUGUGCAUCGUCUCUCAACGUCCCAACUAUUCUGAUGUUUGGAUUAUGAAGGAACACGGAAAUGAGCAGUCUUGGACUAAAUUGUUAAGUGUUCCUUACAUGACAGAUCCCGAGUUUCAUGGAUAUCGCAGGGCAAUGUAUGUUUCAGAAGAUGACCAAGUGCUGAUGCAGUUUUUGAAGAAGAAGAAAUCUAGUUUGGUUAUCUAUGAUUUUAGAAAUGAUACUUUUAACAUUCCUAAAAUUCAAAACAUCAAUGAUGGUCUGGUGAUACCAAACAUCUACGUUGAGAGUUUGAUAUCUCCUUUUUCUCAAUAUUAG